GCAUCGAUAGGGCGAUUUGGUUGAAGGCAUAAAGAGAGUCGGUGACUGUAUUCCGUCAAUGUAGCUACGAAUUCAACAUUCGUAGUUAUUGAGGCAGUAAAUAUACGUUUCAAGGCUUUCGACAAAUAGUCAUAGAAGACUUAGCUUUAGAAGUUUCAUAUUUUGCACAGAAAACAUAAUCUGAAAGCAGACUGAUAAUGGACGUUUGAAGAAGGGAGCUGCUAGAGUCAGAUAGCUAAACAAAUGUAAACAACCACUGGAUCAGCUGUGCAGACGGCGAAACGAGGACGAAUCAGAGAGACGCAAAGAUGACAGCGAAAGCUAUGUUUUAUUAACAGUAGUUAAUUGUUUAUUGACUUAACGUAUAUAUACCAGUAGCUUCAAACAUAAUUCCUAACCGCCUGGAACAAUUUGUUGUAAAGACACCUCCCUGCCAGCUAGCUAACUAUUGCUUUCUCAGAGAGCUAACGUCAAUAGCUAGAUAGGUGGCUAGCGACGUACAAGCUGAAUCCAUUUUAUUUAGUUAUUUUUGUGGCACCGGGUUUGAAGAGGCCACAUAUUUAGUUUGAUACCUGUAGAAUUUAAUAUUAUAUUGAACGUGAUUUUGAAGUUCAUCAAUUGCUCCGGGGAUCGGUGUAGAUAUCUGUGAGCUAGCUGAAUAAACCCCAGUUGACGUUUGCUUUGGCUGAAAGUAAAUACUCUGUUUGACCGUGAACUGAAAACAAACGCCGGGGGUCAUUUCAGCGACAAAACUCCCCUUCAAUUUCAUUGCUUUUCGAUCAGUAAUCUCUGUCAAUCCAAAGAGGGGUGUCGUAUCAAGUAGUUGCCAUCUGCGAACUUACAGCAGCAACUGAGACAGGCCGAAAGAUUGUCAUGGCACACCAGCAGAUGCCCAGCUCUCAGAAGGCCUUGAUGCUGGAGCUGAAAUCCCUCCAGGAGGAGCCGGUGGAGGGCUUCCGCAUCACUCUGGUGGAGGAGUCCGACCUCUACAACUGGGAGGUUGCUAUCUUUGGCCCCCCCAGCACACUGUAUGAAGGGGGUUACUUUAAGGCCCACAUCAAAUUCCCCAUCGAUUACCCCUACUCCCCGCCUACGUUCCGCUUUCUCACCAAGAUGUGGCACCCAAAUAUCUAUGAGAAUGGUGAUGUGUGCAUCUCCAUCCUCCAUCCACCCGUGGACGACCCCCAGAGCGGAGAGCUGCCCUCUGAGAGGUGGAACCCUACACAGAAUGUCAGAACCAUCCUUCUCAGCGUGAUCUCUCUGCUGAAUGAGCCCAACACCUUCUCUCCAGCCAAUGUGGAUGCCUCGGUCAUGUUCCGCAAAUGGAUAGACAGCAAGGGCAAAGACAAGGAGUACGCAGAGAUCAUCAGGAAGCAGGUGGUGUCCACCAAGGCGGAGGCGGAGCGCGACGGCGUGAAAGUGCCCACCACGCUGGCCGAGUACUGCAUCCAGACCAAAGUGCCUUCCCACGACAGCAGCUCCGACCUGCUCUACGACGACCUCUACGAUGACGACAUCCAGGAGGAGGAUGAGGAGGACGAGGAGGCCGAGGGUGGCGGCAUGGGAGGCGAGAUGGGCGCUGACUGCUUCGACGACGAGGACGACUCUGGCAACGAGGAGUCCUGAAGACAGGCGGCACGCAAGACAUCCGUCACCUCUCCCUCUCCCCCUCCCCCAUUACACUCACCGUCACCUCCUCCAUGUGUACAUCCACCCACCUACACCCUGCCCACAGACACACACUUGUCCCAGUCCCACCCCUCCAUCGCCCCUUUACAAACGUACCAUGUAGAGAAACAAAAAAGAACUUCCCCACUUCAUUUUUGUUCA